AUGGCAGACCGCUCUGUUCAUUCCCAGUCUCGUAUUUUUCUACUCUCUACUUUUCUGGUUUCUCUUCUCCUCGUGCAACUUCCAUGGAGGCCGUCUCUUGCGUCGGCGGCGGAUGCAGCCGGUGGAACCGACGACGGGUCCGAACAAUGGGGCUACGUCGAAGUCAGGCCAAAGGCUCACUUGUUUUGGUGGCUUUACAAGAGCCCAAACAGGGUUGACGAUCCGUCAAAGCCCUGGCCCACGAUUUUAUGGCUCCAAGGCGGCCCGGGUGGCUCCGGCGUUGGAUUCGGGAAUUUCGGAGAGUUGGGACCGUUAGAUUACAACCUGGAGCCGCGUAAUUUUACAUGGCUCAAGAAAGCAGACCUAUUAUUCGUAGACAGUCCAGUGGCGACCGGGUUUAGCUACGUGGAAGACAAUUCGUUGGUGGUUAGAACCGAUGUGGAAGCUGCAACUGAUUUGACUACCUUGUUGAAGGCACUCUACAAUGGAAACCAAGCCCUUCAGAAGAGCCCUCUCUACAUUUUUGCAGAGUCCUAUGGAGGGAAGUUUGCGGUCACUCUAGGUAUUUCGGCGGUUCGAGCGAUCGAAGCAGGAGAACUGAAACUCCGGCUUGGAGGAGUUGCUCUAGGCGACAGUUGGAUUUCCCCCGAAGAUUUUACGUCUUCUUGGGCGCCGCUUCUAAAGCAAGUUUCGCGGAUUAGCAACAUUGGGUUGAACAAAUCAAAUAGCAUUGCUUUGCAGAUCAAACAUCAGCUGGCGGAAGGCAAGUACGAAGAUGCAACAGACUCGUUUGGUGAACUCGAGAACCUAAUUUCAGACUAUAGCAAUAAUGUGGAUUUCUACAACUUCUUGUACGACGACGGAGACUCUCCUGUAGCGGCGAACAAAGCUGCCGGACGUCGAAAAAAUGCUGCCGAGAAAUACUCGUCGAAGUUUCUGAGGAUGGGCCAAAGAUCAUCUUCGUUAGCUCAAAAGUCCACUUCUGAUUUUAUGAACGGGCCCAUUAGGAAGAAGUUGAAGAUAAUUCCUGAGAAUGUCACAUGGGGAGGGCAAGGUGGUUUGGUUUUCCCUGCCAUGGCUGGUGAUUUCAUGAGACCUAGAAUCCAAGAGGUUGAUGAUCUCUUAGCAAAGAACGUUAGUGUGACCAUAUACAACGGCCAGGUUGAUCUCAUUUGCUCAACAAAUGGAGCAGAAGCAUGGCUUAACAAACUCAAGUGGGAUGAAUUGGAGGAGUUCUUGAGCAUGGACCGGACGCCUUUAUACUGCAAAGGUGAAAAUGUGACCACCAAGGCCUUCACUAGCUCUCACCGGAAUUUGGCCUUCUAUUGGAUUCUUUUGGCCGGACAUUUUGUUCCAGUGGAGCAACCAUGCAUUUCUCUACAGAUGGUGGGAACUAUCACUCAAUCUCCAAGCAGAGCCUAACCCUAAUCUAUCCUACAUAAAUAUAUUACCAUUACGAUUGAUAUGAUUCCCUCUUGAUUCAAUGUAAAAUACGAUUAUUCUCUUAAUAAAUGAUAAUUCACCGUAGAUCGAUUUGCAUUAUGUGUUGCUGAUGGACUACAAGGAUAUUUAAAGUAGUUGAAAAACAUUGGGU